AUGGAGACAGACAGGAGUGGAGAGACUGCAAUCAACAUUAUUCCGGGGACAAAGGCCAAUGGUACAGGAAAAGCCCCUGUGGUAGUCUCUUCAACAAAAGCUGUGGAACAACCAAAACGAGGAGUAAAAAAAGGCAUUGCUAUUUGUGACUUCCUGUUAAGGCUCUGUGCCAUUGGGGCUGCCAUAGGUGCCACUGCCACCAUGGGGACUACCGAUGAGACUCUCCCUUUUUUCACACAGUUCUUACAGUUCCAGGCUCAAUAUAACGAUAUUCCAGCUUUUGAGUUUUUUGUGAUAGCGAAUGCAAUAGUUGCGGGGUAUCUUCUCCUCUCCUUGCCAUUCUCCAUAAUCUGCAUCAUUCGUCCUUAUGCAACAGCACCAAGGCUCCUCCUUCUUAUCUUUGAUACAGUGAUGACGGGUCUAACUAUAGCUUCAGCUUCAGCUUCAGCUUCCAUUGUGUACUUGGCUCAUUAUGGAAACCCAAACACAAACUGGCUUGCUAUUUGCCAGCAGUUUGGAGACUUUUGCCGGAGUGUAAGUGGAGCUGUGGUGGGUUCCUUCAUAGCAGGAGCCAUCCUCAUGUUCAUAAUCGUGCUCUCCGCUUUUGCUCUCAAACGAAGCUGAGAAACAAAACAGCAAAAGAAACCAAGGAAUUAAUUACU